CAAGCCUGUUGAAAUAAAUAUCUGGCUUAGAUUCCAGAACUUUCAGAAAGACAGAAAGGUUUGUUAGUCCUGCAUGGCUGAUGGUCUGCCUCCUUCAGAAUUCAGUGAGUUCCGCAGAGGAACAGCAGUGAUGGAUCACCGUCUGUGUGUACUCCUGCUGAUUUUUACAGGAAUUGUUCCUCUUGCCCUGUCUGUUGACCGCAAAUACUAUCUCAUCCAGCAAGGGAAAUCAUGGAGUGAUGCUCAAGCUUACUGCCGAGCAAAAUACACAGACCUGGCUACCAUCGACACCAGUAACGACACGGUCAACAUUCAGAAUGAAGCAGCAAUAACAAGUUUCAUUUCUAGCGCUUGGAUUGGACUGUACACUGAUGCCAGGAUGUGGCAAUGGUGCCUUGAAAAUGAGCUGAUGGGAAGUUUUACAUCCUGGAAAACUGGAACCCCUGACAACUUGCAUGGAAAUGACUGGUGCGGUUUUAUAUAUUUGAAUGGAUGGAACGACGCACCAUGUAAUGUGAUGAUGAGGUCUGUGUGUUUUGAUGGCAGGGAGAAUGCCACUAACAGGUAUAUUUACAUUCCUGAGUUUAAGACGUGGUAUGAUGCUCGCAGCAACUGUAGGCAGAAGUACACAGACCUGGCCAGCGCAAGAAACGCAACAGAAAACUCAAUUGUAGGGGGAAAGGACUAUUGGAAUUGGGUUUGGUUUGGCCUCUACAGAAACCCCUGGAAAUGGUCAGAUCAGACCAGCAACGUGUCCAUCCUUAAGUGGUGGGCUGGAGACGCUAAUGAUUACUUGCAGAAUAAAAGUUGUGGCUUGUUAUAUAGUGGACAGGCGGAUCAAGCCCAGUGCUCAAAUGUAAUGCCUUUCUUUUGUUAUCAAUUCCCAAAUCAACUGCAGAUCAUAAAAAUUAAAGUCAAGUCCAGUCAGGAUGUGAAUGAUCCUCUAAUACUGGCAGCCAUCUUUGAGAAGAUCAACCAGAUGCUGGAGGCUCAUGGAAUGGCUGAGACCAUCACUGUAAAAUGGAGAGAGCAAUCAGAUGGAGUGGUGUUUCACAGGAACAAGGAGAAUAUUACUCCAGUUGUGAAGAACACCAGGAACAUGUGUGAUCUCUAAAUCUGUAGCAUUGUCUUGAAUUUUUCUUGAGUAUCUAGAAUAUAUGUAAUAUUUUAACUUUCUUUAGCAGUCUUUUAAAAAAACAGAGUUGUCCACCUGGGUGGUGUGAGAUUUGGGGGGAGAAGCAAGUGCUGAAAUACUUCUUUAGUUGAAGCUAAAAUUAGCUAGAAAACUCACAUUAGCGUUAUUAUUAGGAGAAGACUAUGUUUACUCUUCAGUCUGUUUUUUUGCAAUGUCCUUGGAUACUAUUUUCAUUUAUUUAUUUUUUUAUUGCUAGGGCUUUAUUUCUUACAGUUUGUGUUUUUGCUUUUCUGAUGAUUUCAUUGUUGCUAAGCAUUUAAAUUAACCAUAAUAAAGUUAAAUAAAACAGUAAAAAAAAUGUAAAGCAGUACAUUUAUUUGCUCUGUAGAUGUUGGUGGUUUAUGAAAAAAAUGCUUACAAAGUAAGUAGUUAGUAUUUUACUUAAAUAACCCGUUGUUAUCUGCUUGGUAAAGAAUCUGACACUGUUUCUGGUUUUAUUUUCUGCAGGCACAGAGUCAUAUAUAUUAAACACUUCACUGAUCAGCUUUUCAAAAUAAAGUUGUUGAUUGUGAUUAAGGUUUUCAAAACACUUACAGACAUAAUCACUGAUAAACAAGAUCAAAGUAAAAUUUUUAUU